AUGAGUCACACAGCAACACGAGACGAGGAGAAAUGUUGUCCUGACACGUUAACUGUACGUGAGCACACCGCGCCUCUGGUGGUGAUGCCUCCGAGGGAACAUAUAAGACUGCUAACUAUGAUCCCGGCCGGUCUGUCGUGUCAGCCGCCGGCUCGAGCACUGCACCAUGAAGCCGAGCUCUCCGGAUUGCAUGACUUUGGCUUGUGGACUGCCUACAAAUAA